AUGGGAAUUGUUGAACCAGAAGGUGUAUUGGUAGAAGCACAGCAAAAGAGACAAGAUGAAAUGAAGCUGAAAGACUUGAAGGUGAAGAACUACCUGUUACAGGCGAUUGAUCGUACAAUUUUGGAAACCAUUCUUAAGAAAACCACUUCCAAGCAUAUUUGGGAAUCCAUGAAAAGAAGUACCAGAGCUCAACAAAGGUGA